AUGUUUUCGGACACUGUCUGUUAUUCUCUGCUCGUCUCGGCCGGCUUUUUAAUAAACCUACUCCAUCCAAACUUGACACAACUACUUCUGUUAGUCGUUUUGUGUGUCACUAUUGCUAUCGGAUGGCUCCUGUCCAGGUUGACAGCAGCAGCAUAUCUGUGGCGGCGCUUGAUUUUACUCCAUCCUGAGACCCGGAAGGAAUUUAUAGGGCAGCCCCUGCUCUUUCCCGCCAGACUGUCCCAUGCGCGUAGGUUCCCCGAAAUAGAGAGAUAUAACUAUUGGUAUGACUACUUUCUGGUGGGGAUUCCUGUUGGGCUUCGCGGCCGCAUUGGGAAUCUCCUCUCCAUCGAUAAUCUCCCAGCAUGGGAGCGUCGUUGGGAGAAAUGCUGGUUUACUAUUGAUCCGGCCUAUUAUCUGGAUCGUGGGAGCGGAGAUCGAUGUCUGGAGGAGAAACUGCAUAUAUUUUUGAAAUCAGUGGGCGAGAAUCCACGAGAAUUCCCAUACGCAUAUCUCGUCAGCGUCCCUCGGUUCUUGUGCUUCCAAAAAAGUGCCAUCAGCUACUGGUAUCUAUACUCAGCCAACCACGAGCUGGCAGCAAUGAUCAUGGAAAUUAAUAACUCCUUCUAUGAAAAACGCAAUAUCUUCUUCCGUCUGACCGGGGAUGACCUCUCUGUAGAUGAUCCACCACGUCCUGCAACGGAGAUAACAGCCUCGCCCAGACACACCAACGAACGGAUGUCGAUUCGUUUCCUAUCAUCUGCAUCCAAAAGCAAGCACUAUAAAGGCUCUUGGGAGAAGCUGGUUUUUGGCUCCCCGUUUGAAACGCUAGGGUCAUUAAUGACAGCUAAGUUUGUCGACCCCCUGUUAGGCCCAUCGCUUCAAUCCAACCUGAGCUCCAACUCUCCCGAGGGACAAGUCAGAGUGACUAGUCGUCUUGCUUCAUGGGGCGAACCUGUUGAUCCAUUAUCCAGCACGGGGUGGUCCAUUGCACGUUUUAUUUCUCGAUGGACUCAUGUGGGAGCGCUCUCUGCUCCUCGCAUUGUCAAAGAGGCUCUCCGAAUCCGUUUGCGAGGCAAUUUGCAGUAUCUUCAGAGACCAGAGGUUCGAGAGGGAAGUAAUCCUCGCAAGGAAACGGAGGUAGAACGAAUUUCGGAGCUAUUCUUUCGAGAGUAUCUCUCUCAACUAGCCUCUCGUUGCUCAUCCCCAUUAUCAAUCACCUACCUCCCUCCCAAAUCAAUCCACUUCGAGCCUAUUGUAUUUCAAUCUCCCAUUCCCCCGGCGUCACUCCACCUACAAGUCCUCACUGUCCAACCUCUCACCCCCCGAUUCUACACCUCGUUCCUCGAGUACCCGAAUCAGAAACAUGCCUUCAACACAGAGUCAUCCCUCUCUCCCACGAAUUCCGACCCAGAGUCCCGCCGUCUCUCCAUAUCCGACCCGUGCCUCCUUGACCAAGUCCUCACCACAGCGGGACAGGCCCUUGAGUCGGAACUAACCAAGACGUCAGCCCACCAUGUACAUCACUGGACAUCCACUUUCUUUCAUUUCUUUAUCUCAUUUCUACGCAGCUCAUCCACACCGUCAUUCAUGGAUCGCUUCUUUGAGCAUUUUUCCCCAGCCCCUGAUCAAAGAGUCUACCACGCAGCGCGCGCGCAUUACCUCCUAGCGUGUCGUCUACCGAUUGAGUCACAAGCGAUCGUGCAGCUGGGUUUUAUUGCAGUGCGGACGAUGCUCGUGGACGUUUUUCUGCAUGCUGCAUAUCGUAUAUGGGCUAGGGAGAGAGCGGUGCAGUGGCUGGUUGAAGCUUCGAUCACGCCGGGAGUCGGGGCAUUGGUGUAUGGUGGGUGGGAAAUGGUGCAGAAUUACAUUGGGGAGUAUUAUUUGAAUCCGUUUGCGUGGGGGGAGGGGUUGUAG